AUGGAAUUUUUAUCUAGAUGUUUUAUGUUUGUUGAGAGAAAUGAUGUCAUUAGAAGUGUGAAAGUUACUAGGAGAGCUCCUCUUAUAACCCAUUUACUUUUUGCAGAUGAUAUCCUCAUUUUUGGUGAUGUUAGUAUGAAUCAUAUCGAUAGUUUUGUUUUGGAUAUUUUGCAUAAUUUUGGUAAGUAUUCUGGUCAACUGUUAAAUUUUAAUAAAUCUUGUGUGCAUUUUAGUGGAAAUCUUAGUCCUGAAGAUUGUGUUGAUCUAGCUAAAACACUUGAUAUGACUAUGGUUAACGAUUCUGAAAAAUAUUUAGGAGCCCCUCUUCUACUUGGUCGCUCUAAACUAAAGUCUUUUGAUCCAAUUUCCCAAUGCUGUGAAGCUAGACUUAAAAAUUGGGUAAGUGUUUCUUUAAACCAGGCUGGUAGGUAUAUUAUGAUUAAAUCUGUCCUUAACUCCCUGCCAACUUAUCAAAUGGGGUAUUUUAAAAUCCCAUCUACUAUCAUAAAGAAAUUGGAUUCGCUCCAGAGGAAUUUCUGGUGGGGUCAUAGGGCCAAUAAGGGUAUUAAGUUCAUUGCUUGGUCUAAUCUAUACAAAUCUAAGGAUCUAGGUGGCCCUGGCUUUAGAAAUCUAGAAUUGUUUAACCAAGCUCUUAUUUGUAAGAUGGCUUGGAAGCUCGGUACUGAAAGAGACGAGCUGUGGGUUCAAAUUAUGGAGGAUAAAUAUUUCAGAGAUGUUAGUUUCCUAAAUCAAGAUAACAUUAGUGACACGAGUUCUUGGAUCUGGAAGGCUGGUACAAGAACUUGGAAUGCCGUUUGGAUCAAUAAUGUUUUUCAUGUUGAUACUACUUCUAAAAUUCUUUCUGUGCAUGUCCCUCAGAUGGGUGUUGAUACACUCAUAUGGACUCCAGAUAAAAAAGGAGUUUUCUCUGUUAAGAGUGCCUAUAACAUCCUUAAUAGUAGAACUAAUACAAUUGUUGGAAAUCAUUCAAUUCCCAGUUCCGUGUGGAUAGCUUUAUGGAGAACUAAGCUCCCACAUAAGGUUAAACUGUUUGUUUGGAAAUGUUUGAAAGAUAUUGUUCCCUCUAGAAGUAUUAAUGUGAAUAUGAAUAAUGUUCUGGCUAGGCAUGAUAAUCUAUUGAACUGGAUUCUGAGUUUGUUCGAUACUGCCUCUCAGCAACAGCCCCUCUGUUUUGCAGGUAUCAGCAUGGAACCCCCAGUCAGAGAUUGCUACAAGAUCAACAUAGAUGCCUCUUUUGUCAAGGAAACUCUUGAGGGUGGCGUUGGUCUAAUUAUGAGAGAUUUUGCAGGUGACUGCAAAGGAGCAAAAGGAAAACGCUUUUAUGGAGGGUUGAUUGAAUACCAUGAGGUGAAACAACUGAAAUGCCUUGCGAUGAAUGAUGCAGUGUGCUGGGCUGUGAGCAAAGGAUUAGCUUCAGUAGUGUUUGAGUCUGAUAAUGAGGCUUUAGUUAAAUCUAUCAAUGAACAAACUUCAUAUGUUCAUUGGAGGACUUAUGGGCUAAUUCUCGACAUAAAACUUAUUUUGGAAAGUCAUGCUGGUUGGUCUUUUAGUCUUAUUAGGAGAUUUAAAAAUGGUGUAGCAGAUUUCCUGGAAAAAAAAGCUUACUAUGUUUGUUUUUGA